UGGUGCGCUGUGUCCCUCGGACACAGCAGAUCACCGAACAACGCAAAGAGCCGAAGAUGUUGGCUAGGUCAUGUGAUCAGCUGUGUCCAAUCACAGCUGAUCACAUAGGGGACAUGUGCACUGAUCUUCAGGUCACUGAUGAUCAGUGUACCCUGAUGAUCUGUGUAGCCCCAGAAGUGCUACCUGUCAGUGCUCAUCCAUGCCACCUGCCAGUGCCCAUCAGUGCCACAUCAAAGCCACAUAUCAGUGCCUACCAGUGCACAUCAAUGCCACAUAUCAGUGCCCAUCUGAGCUGCCUUUCAGUGUCACCCAUCAGUGCCACCUAUCAAUGCUGCCAGUCAGUGCCGCCUAUCAGUGCCAGUCAGUGCUUCUUAUCAGUGCCGCCUAUCAGUGCCCGUCAGUGCUGCCUAACAGUGCCAGUCAGUGACGCCUAACAGUGCCAAUCAGUGCCUCCUAUCAAUGCUGCCUAUUCGUG